UUGUGAACGAUAAAGGAAGUGUGCAGAGAGUGAGACGAGAGUGUCGAACUCGGUUGUAUAUGUAAACGCUAAUUAUGAACUUGGAUAUGUUAAAUUAUUCAUUGUGAUUCUGAGUCGAGAAAAAACUAUCACGUAUGGUAGAGCCGUAAAAGUAAAAAAAGUGUUGGUGCAGGACAAAAUCUGAUAAAACAAGUUGAGCAAUAUUUAUGCAAGUAGGUGAGGGCGUCUGACUCGACUGUUCGCUAGUACAAGGAAGGCGAGGCAUCAAUCCCAUUCCCGUAUUUGUGUUGUAAAGGACGAGAGCAGUUCCUCAGAAUUGUGUGCCCCGGGUUCAUUAUAACUACAUUCUGUAUAUUGCUUUUAUAUACUAGAAACAUCAACUACUUCAAAACAGAAUCUACGUUGAGAAACAAUGAAUGCCUCAGAACAUGGGUUUAACCCAGCCUUUAACAUGGCCUCCAUAAAACAGGCUUUCAACGAAGCUGUAGAAAGAGUUUCAACAGUGAGAAUGCCAGCUCCCACUCGUUUACGAGAUCUGAUCAGGCAAAUCAGAGCUGCUCGUACUGCUGCAGAAGAGCGAACGGUUGUCAAUAAAGAGUGUGCAUACAUACGUUCGACAUUCAGAGAAGAAGACAGUGUCUGGAGAUGUCGCAAUAUCGCCAAAUUGCUCUAUAUUCACAUGUUGGGAUAUCCUGCACAUUUUGGCCAGUUAGAGUGCUUAAAAUUAAUAGCAUCACCAAGGUUCACUGAUAAACGGAUUGGCUAUUUGGGAGCAAUGUUACUUCUCGAUGAACGACAAGACGUUCAUCUUCUUAUAACAAAUUGUUUGAAAAACGAUUUAAAUAGUUUAACGCAAUUUGUAAUUGGAUUGGCAUUAUGUACACUGGGCGCUAUCGCAUCUCCAGAAAUGGCGAGAGAUCUUGCCUCCGAAGUUGAAAGAUUAAUGAAAUCUCCAAAUGCGUAUAUCAGGAAGAAAGCAGCACUUUGCGCGUUUAGAAUUAUAAGAAGAGUACCAGAACUCAUGGAAAUGUUCCUUCCGGCAACUCGCAGUCUUCUUACAGAAAAAAAUCAUGGAGUCUUAAUAACCGGCGUUACAUUAAUUACUGAAAUGUGUGAAAACAGCAUUGACACAUUAACUCAUUUCAAACAGAUUGUACCAAAUCUCGUAAGAAUUUUGAAGAAUUUAAUUCACGCCGGAUAUUCACCUGAACAUGAUGUGUCAGGAGUAUCGGAUCCAUUCCUUCAAGUGAAAAUUUUACGACUCCUGAGGAUUUUGGGACACAACGAUGUGAACGCUUCCGAAGCAAUGUAUGAUAUUCUUGCUCAAGUAGCGACAAACACCGAAACAACAAAGAAUGUUGGAAAUACAAUAUUAUACGAAACGGUCUUAUCAAUAAUGGAUAUUAAAUCUGAAAGUGGACUGCGUGUAUUGGCUGUGAAUAUUUUGGGCAGAUUCUUACUCAACAAUGACAAGAAUAUCCGCUAUGUUGCCUUAAAUACGUUAUUAAAGACAGUCUACGUUGAUACAAGUGCAGUGCAAAGACAUCGAUCGACAAUAUUGGAAUGCUUGAAAGAUCCUGAUGUGUCAAUAAGGCGACGGGCAAUGGAGUUGAGUUUUGCUCUCGUAAAUACGAAUAAUAUUAGAAAUAUGAUGAAGGAAUUACUUCUUUUCUUGGAACGUGCAGAUCCUGAAUUUAAAGCUCAAUGCAGCAGUAAUAUCGUUAUGUCUGCUGAGAGGUUCUCUCCUAAUAAAAGAUGGCACCUUGAAACUUUAUUUAAAGUUCUUGUCGCUGCUGGUAAUUAUGUGAGAGACGACGUUGUUGCAUGUACGAUACAAUUGAUCUCAGAAACUCAAGCUCAACAAUGUUAUGCAGUGAGUGCACUUUGGAGGGCUUUAGAGAAAGAUACGUCCGAUAAACAACCAUUGGCGCAGGUAGCCACUUGGUGUAUAGGAGAAUAUGGAGAUGUAUUAUUGUAUGGUCCACAUCCAGAGGAUGCUGAUGCACCCGUUGACUUGACGGAAGAUGAAAUCAUUGAUGUUUAUCAGAGGCUACUUUGGAAUCCACAGAAUACUGUCAUUACAAAGCAGUACACUUUACUUUCUCUCACAAAGCUUAGCACUCGAUUCCAUAAAGGAAAUGAUGAUUCUACAUUUUACAGGAAAAUUCGACAGAUAAUAGACACAUUUGGAAGUAAUUUACAUAUUGAACUUCAGCAACGUGGAAUUGAAUUUUCACAAUUAUUUAGGAAAUACGAUCAUUUAAGACCGGCUCUUCUUGAACGAAUGCCACCAAUGGAAACAGCGAGACCACAAGCAAAUGGAAUAAUUGGAAUGGUGAACGGCGAACCUGAUGUUCUCGAAGAGGAAAAAUCGUCAAUUUUAGAAACCGAUGCUUCAACAACAGACUCGAACGCCCUCUUGGAUCUUCUUGGAACAGCCGAUUUAAAUUCGUCGAUGGCGAGUGUGCCAGCAACAGCAACAACAACUGUUCCUCCAAGUACGCCUGUCACGAAUACAAAUGAUCUUUUGGAUCUUUUGGGCGGAUUAGAUUUGAGUACACCGACCUCGACUCCAGCUAUAACACAACAAUCGCCUUCACAAAUAUUUAGUCCAACAAACACUUCUAAUUUCUUAGUUGACGGACUGCUUAACUCUUCCUCACCAACAAUUCAAAAUGAAGCCCAAAAUAUGGUUGUCUUUGAUAAGUCGGGACUGAAAAUUACCUUUAAAUUAGAACGGUCAACAGAAAAUGCCGAUUUGCUGAUAAUAAAUAUGUUGGCACAAAAUUCUGGAACAAUUCCAUUGACUGAAUUUUUGUUUCAAGCCGCAGUUCCUAAGACAUUCCAGUUGCAAAUGUUUUCGCCUUCCGGUACUAUUCUUUCACCAUCGGGUCAAGUUACUCAAGUAUUGAAAGUAACAAAUAUUAAUAAAGCUUCAUUGAGAAUGAGAUUACGCAUUUCUUACACGGGAUUAGCGGGUCCAGUUUUGGAACAGGCAGAAGUAAACAGCUUUCCAUCUUUAGUAUCACAAUGACAGUAAACUAUACAGAAGCCAAUUUAUUGUACAUAUGCCUGCCUAAAUAACUAAGCGAGUCUUUAAUAGACUGAAUUCUAAUCUCACAUCUAAACGAUUGUCGCUUUCAGACUAGCGAUUUGUCGUUCCAAAGAAUAUUGCUCCAAGAAAUGUAGCUUACGAAAUUGAAAAAAAAAACAAAAUCAUGCACGUGAAAAAUAUUUUCUUUUAAAAGUAUAGAAAAAAAAGAUUUUUUGACAAAUUUUUGUUAAUAACUGGAGGAUUGUUGAUAUUGAACAUAUCUUCAAAUAUGAAAGUCAAACAAUUAGUUUAAUGAAAGUAAUUUUUUUCUAUUAAAAUGAAGAAUUUAUUAUGUUUUUAGAAAAUUAGUCCACGUCAAAAAUAUCAAAAUCUGCAAGCGAUCUUUUGAUUUCUAAUGAAAUUUUGCAAAAUUAUAGUUUCAGAUUAGAACUAAUUUUAUUUUUGUGAAAUUAACAUUUUUCAUUACAAAAAAUGGUAAUAUAUUAAGAUUUAGGAUUAAAGGACAAAAGUAGAAACACUAUAAAUAAAAAUAGUUUUUUUUUAUCUAAACAAAAAAUUGCUAUACAAUUAGGCAAAUAUGUACAUAUUUUGUAUUUAAAAUACAAGUAGCUCUAAAAUGAAACUAUUUUUUUAGAGUGUUAAUAAAAUUGGAAAAUCAUUUGCCGAUUUAUAUACAUAUUGUAAGAACCAUCCGCAUAUAUGAUAUGAAAAAAACAUUGGUAUUUUUUUAAAUUUUAUUUCUCUAAUUCGCAAUCUAGAAAACUAUUGUUAAAUUAUAAGUUAAUUCUUCAAUUUAAAACAAAUUUAUUUAAUUAAAAGAUUGAAGAUUAAAAAUAAAAUUUUUGAUACACAGUCGUAACGCAGCUAGCUGCCCCAAAAUAAUGCUUUUUUAACCGUCGCUCGCAUUAAUGUGUCUUACUUCCGCUUUUCUCUAACAAUUUACUUGAGCUCUCUUUAUUUCGAUUAAAUUAAUUGAAAUAAUUUGACAGCGUUAAUUUAAAUAAAUAAACGCUUACACUCGGCCAUCCUUAAUUUGUUAGCCCCUCAAACACUAAUAAUCGAAGUUACAUUUUUAAUAAGUAACAUAAUUUCAACAUCGUUGCGGUUUUACUCUGUGUCUUUUUGACCUUUAAUUAUCAGUCUCGUUCACGUUUUCUGUUUUCACAUUUUGAUUAUUUACAAUCUCCUUCUGUUUGAUUUCAUUAACAUUUUAUAUUUCGCUUUUCGAUGACAGUAUUUUGAUUCUCAUUCUCACCUAGAAUUUCCACAUUACUUUCUGAUUCUGAAUCCAAUUCUAAGUCAUUGAAUUUUUCGUUUCCCUUUCUUAAACACAAUGACGUGUAAAAAUUGCAUUAGGUUCUGGGUAGGAACCAGCUCUUACAUCAUUUAUUCAUCUAAUUCAGUUCCACUCAACAAGAGCCUCAUCCGGGUUUUGUACAGAUGAUACAGAUUUACACAAGUAAAUCUUCUACAUCCAAGUAAUACGCAUAGUCCAGUCAUGUUAGCAUUUUCAGAUGUUUUAACUCAAUUUUUACAUAGAAUCUCAUUUUAUUACCAUUGUAUGGUAUAAAAUGUAUCUAUAAAUGUUAUCUGUUGUCUAUCUCCCAAACAAACAAUUUUUUAGCAUUCGUUAAUAAAGUGAUCCAUCCAAGGUCACUCGCACGUUUCAUCAAGAACUCAUCUACAUAACUAGUAUCAAAUGUUCGAUCACAAUCAUUUACUAAAACUGAUUGCACUGUCCAAUUACACAGCUUUACAAAUUAAAAACUUUUUUUGCCAAUCGAAUGAAACAUUUUUUUUCAAUUAAUAAGUGUUUUUUGAGAAGGAAAAAAAUAUUUUGGGUUUUUUCCUUCGUGCAAAUUUGCUGAAUCUAAAAAAACACAUUUUCGAGGUGUAACGUCAUUUAAAUUCACUUGUAGGAAAUUAGCAAAACCAAAUAUAAUAAAUAAUAUACCGUUGGAUAGGUAAUUAAAUUACCUUUCGAACCGUCGGUCAUUGAAUAAAAUCUAAUGAAAAUUGAUAGACUUAUAAUUGAUCAAAGUUUAAAUUUCAUGAUUUUUAGAUACUUGUCUAACUGCUGCUAAUUUUUUCUAAUCCAAAAAAUGAAAAUAGUUUGUUUUAAAUUUUUUAUCGCUAGUCUAUUUAAUUACGAAAUUUUUUGAGCCCAAGUAAAACACAAUCGGAUAAAAAAUAAAAAUUCUACACUAGAUUUAAUGAGCAAAACAAUUUUUUCAAUUUUUAGUAACCCCUCGAGUGAUUUCGAUCUAAAUCUCUUUUGUGUUAAAUUAAAAAAUCCAUAUCUUUGAUAAAAAUUUAAACAUUUUGGAUUAUCAUGUGACAAUAGUCCACAAAUUUAUUCUACUUUUUAAAAGAAUAUUUUGUACAAGAAAUCAAUACCAAUUUCGUAAUUAUAGAAAUAAAAAAGAAAAAACGUUUGCCAUGAGAUUUGCAGCAACAAUGAAAACUAUAAAUGAAAGUAAAGCUGAGGUUUUAAACAUCACUAAUCUAAGGUUUUUUUAAUUGGCUGAUUAUGAAUCCGGGUGUCAGUUUUUGAAAGUUCAAAAUGGCGAAUACAAUAUGACGGACAAAAUUUUAUAAAUCUGAGAUAAAUUCACAAAAAUGACUACUCGAGGGUUUUUAGGGUUGCUGAUUACGAAUCCAAGAUCAGUUUUUGAAAACGCAGUGGCUAUUUGGCCAGUGCACUGGCCAAAUAAGGUGGUUUAAUUAUUCGGCCAGUGCACUGGCGGAAUAAGAUGGUUUUACAAUUUGACCAGUGUGUCAAUAAAAUCACAAUUAAUAUCCAAAGCUGGCCAAAUAAAAAGGGAACACUAUUUGGCCAGUUAAAAAAAACAGAUUUUUAAUAUAUUAAUAUGUUGACUAACAGACGUUUUGAUAUAAAUUAAUGAAAUUAAUAUAAUGCUUGUCCCCUCAACAUAACCUCGAACUCCAAUUUAUAAAAAUUGGAUAAAUGUUACGUUUCGUAUGUAACUUUAAAAAAAUACAAAAUAUUAAUUAAUUAUUAUUUUUAAAAAAUCUUUAACUCAAAAUAAUUUUUUCUUAAAAUUGUACAACUGGAUUUUUCAAAACUGGGGGAAAUCAAUUUUAAAUUUCGGAAUUUUGUUUAAAUUAGCACAAGAUUGGUGAAACCAUUCUAGGCAUGAAUCACAGCGAAUUGAUCGAUUUUCUAAUUGUUUUUUUCUUGUAUCACAUUUGACAGGUUCGCAUAUAUCAAUGUUACAAUUUCCACAAUUCCAGAUAGUAGAUUUUCUUUUAAUAUCUAUUGUAUUUUUCACAAC